AGCCGCAUAGCACAAGCGCUAGGGGGCUGUUGAAGGCCUAGGUCCAGCCAUGUUGCGGUGGCCGCUCAUUGUGGGCUUUAUCGCGGCCUCUGUAGGGUGGGCGCAGCUUUCGGUAGAUCGUAGCCUUCUGGGCAACACCUUUGAUGGCAUUGGCGGAUUGAGCGGCGGAGGUGCCACGAGUGUCUUGCUGCCUAAUUAUGCCGAGCCAUCGCGCUCGCAAAUUCUGGACUACCUCUUCAAACCCAAUUUUGGUGCUUCUUUGCAGAUCCUCAAGGUUGAGAUUGGUGGUGACUCGCAGUCUACAGAUGGCACUGAGUCAUCCCACAUGCAUGACAGCAGCACCGUCAAUCUCCACACUGGCUAUGAAUGGUGGCUGAUGAAAGAGGCCAAGAAAAGAAACCCGAACAUCAAACUUUACGGCUUGGCCUGGGCCUUCCCAUCGUGGGUGGGCAACAGCAGUGGCGAUCCCUUCAAAUUUCCUGAGCUCACAGCCCGGUAUUUGGUGGAGUGGGUGGCCGGAGCAAAAUCAGAAUAUGGGCUUGAUGUAGACUAUUUGGGCAUUUGGAACGAAAAGGCAUCUGAUAGCAACUUUGUGCAAGUGCUGCGCAAGACCCUAAACCAACGAGGUCAUGAAGGAACCAAGCUGGUGGUGAAAGAUGGUGGCCUGGACAUUUGCAACACAUUGCUGAACGACAAGAAAUAUGCAGAUGCAGUGGACAUCAUCGGUUUACACUAUCCUACUGACUUCCAAGACUUCUCAGCAUGCCAGCGUUUGGAGAAACCAAUCUGGGCCUCAGAGGAGUCUUCAUCCUACGAUGAUCUCAAUGGAGCAGCGUGUUGGGGACGUGUGAUCAAUUCUCAUUGGGUCAUCAACAAGAUCACAUCCUCCAUUAUGUGGAACCUGGUAGGGGCAUACUACCACGGGACCAACUGGUACGGCAGUUCCAUGAUGACUUCUGUCGAACCAUGGAGCGGGCACUAUGAAGUGAACCCUGUGAUUUGGGCCACGGCGCAUGUGACUCAGUUUACGGAGAUUGGGUGGAACUACUUAUUGAAUGGCACUGGGUCUGGCGAGCUCCCCAAUGGCGGCUACUAUGCCACGUGGGUGGAUCCAAAGUCUACUGAUUUCACCAUGAACAUUGUGAAGAUUUCGCGUGACCAUGCGAUGUGCACACGGCCCCCACUUCCAAACUUUCAAGUGAAAGAGGAAACUGUGACCAUACAGUUGGCCGCAUCUAUGAAGGCCCCAGCUGAGUUGCAGGUAUGGUAUUCCAAUUUCGAGACUUUCGAUCGAGCCCCUCCUAUGUUGCAGAAAUCAACUGUGAAGGUCACGGAUAAUCGCUUCAGCCUCUUCGUGCCGAUUGGAAGCAUGUUCACUGUCACCACCGUGACCAGCGGUCAUAAAGGCAGUUUCGAUCAGAUUCCUUCGACGUCUCCAUCAUUUCCAUUAGACUAUGCUGACGACUUCCAAUCGACGCCAGAGUCGCAGAACGCGAGGUGGUUUGCAGAUCAGAUUGGUGCCUUUGAGAUUCACCCUUCCAGCGAUGGCAAGAAGAGCCUGAAGCAGAUGGUCCCAGAGCUUCCCAUCGGUUGGAGCGAUCAGGGCACCAGAGGUCCAAUGACUUUGAUUGGCAUGAGGGAGUGGCAGGACAUCGAGGUCAAGGUGGACUUCAAGCUGCCAGUUGCUCAUAGUACUGGCAAUGCUGUCAGUGCCUCGACUUGCCCAUCAGAUGCCUUUCCCGUUGACCUCACCGACAAGCAGUGCAAUGGGCUUACGAAGAGUGAUGCGUCAACUCCAACAGCCUGCCGGGAGGCGUGCUGCCCCCUGACAGACUUCUGCAAUGUUUGGGAAUGGGAUGAGUCUUCGCAGUCUUGCUGGUUGGGCUACGUGCGAGAUCCAUCCAUGUGCAAGGUUGCGAAAGGUUUUAAAUCGCAAUUCCGCCACCUCGAGAGAUCCCAUGCAGCCUGUGUGGCAGUGCGUGUGGAUCAAAUGUGGGAGAACGGUGUGGUUCUAUGUGUUUACGCCGAUGGCUACUGGCGGCUGUCCAACUCCGGCCCGGCUUUGCCAGGCUCACCAGGCAUCCCAAAACCACCAGUGGCUGAGGGUCACUUGGCUGCGGCUCUGACAUCUGGAUGGCACAGCCUGGCGCUGGCUGCAUCCGCUGAGAACAAGGUAUGUGCCAGCGUCGAUGGCAAAGAAAUUUUUGCAAAUCUGCAGGUGAGGGACCUCGACACAGGCUUUGCCGCUAUUGGUGCCAACGAAUGGUUUCCCAUUGAGUUCCGCAAUCUCAGCAUUUUCAAGGCAACCUCCGGAGGUGGUUGGACACCACCAAGCCGCUGCCCACGCCCGAGUGUGGGAGCAGAGCUGAGCGUACGCAACUGCAGCCGCAACGGCCUCUUUGCGGAGGACCAAGGGUGGGAACUUGUGCCAUCUUACCAGCUGAAGCACAUCGACUCAGGACUUUGUGCUAGCGCCACUGCUCCUGGGCCUGUGGUGCUUGAGGUUUGUGACUCUGCAAAAGUUGGGCAACUCUUUGUAAAUGACUACACGCUCAUCCGGAAUAGGGUGCAGCUCGUGACUUCAAAGGCCGUGCAACAGCAACUCUCUGGUAAGAAGACGGGUGAAGUUUUUGUUGGAAAUUCUGGCGGCGACUGGAAACAGUGGAGUUAUUUCCCGAACACCAAACAGCUCCGCAACCAGUACGUGGCAGACACCAACUUGGGCUAUCCCUUGUGUUUGUCGACAUGCCCAAGGGCUCAGACAUCAGAUCACGAAGCUGAAGUACUGGUCUUCACUUAGAGCUCUCCGACAUUUCAACAGUGGCAUUUGUGAUUUCAUGACAAGUGCACACCUUUUGCAGUUACUGUAGAUCUUUUCAGCAUAGCCAUGACAAGGUUGUGAUCUGGAAAUUGGAUGAAAUUGGGGUG